AUGGCAUUCGUGUUUUCAAAAUUGCCUGCAAUCCCAUCUGAAUCUCGCUGCCAUUCCUCCUUCUAUCAGCUGCCUCGCCUGGAGGAUGUUGAAAAAACGCCCAGCCUGCCCCAGUCUCUCGGGCAGCUGCAGCGGUUGAAGCGGGUUACGAUGAAGAACUGUUUCGGCAUUUCAACUCUGCCCCGUUGUCUCCUCCGCCUGCCUUCCCUCACGGACCUAUAUCUACUCCUUCCCGAGCUUUCCGCGCUUCCUGCUGAAAUCUGGAGGUUCUCGGAGCUUCAGACUUUCUCGUUGGCUGCUGUGAAUGUUAGAAGCCUGCCUACUUCCAUCACUAUGUCCUCUUCGCUUGAAAAGCUUUCUCUUAAGAGUCUCCGAAAUCUGACUUCUCUGCCCGAGGAAUUCGGGCAGCUGGCCGCUCUAAAGUCUCUCCACCUGAUUGACCUUCGACAGCUCACCCGCCUGCCCGAGUCCUUCGGGCAGCUGACAAAUCUCCAAGAUUUAAGAAUCAUGGAGUGCCAUCAACUGCUGCAGCUGCCCGAAUCCUUAUCCUCGUUAUUAUCUCUUGAGGACCUGCUUCUGCUGGAUUGCUGGCGACUCACUACACUACCAAACAACAUGGGGAAUGGGCUGCUGAAUCUGCGCAGGUUAGAGCUGCUUGACUGCCGAGCCCUCACCCGUCUCCCUCCUUCCAUCUCCAGCCUUUCCUCCCUCGAAUUACUGAGCAUCCAACAAGCAACGCGGUUGAGAGGCAAAUUGCCAGAGGGGCUGGGCAGCUUGGGGAAACUGAAGCAGUUGUCCCUCCGUGACAUGCGUCGACUGUCUGGCCUUCCUGGCUCUGUCUCCGGCCUUAUCUCUCUCACCAGCCUGGUGUUGAUGAACUGCCCGGAGGUAGAAUCGCUACCUGCGGACAUCGGACGGCUGGGAGCACUUCAGGAGCUCAGGCUCUCGAAGCUGUACCGCUUGGAUUGCAUCCCGCAAUCGCUGGUUGAGCUGCCACAGUUGCGGGUGCUGGAGGUGCGGAUCUUGAGCGUUAAAGACCUUUCCUUCCUGUCCUUUGGUCCAUCCCUCAACCGUCUGCCAUCGCUGACAAGCCUGGAAGUUCUGUUUAUGGAAAUGCUGGUCUCACUCCCCAACUCCUUCUCCAGCCUUCCGAAUCUGCAAGUGCUCCGGAUCUUCCGCUGCAGGAGGCUGAAAGCGCUGCCAAAAAACAUUGGAUCGCUUUUUCGCUUGCAAGUCCUCGAAUUGGUGGAGAUCAAUGAUUUGACUGCCCUGCCCGAGUCGCUCGGGCAGCUGGGGCAGCUGGAGACGUUGAAAAUCAUUAGGUAUCCCAAGCUGGUCAAGCUUCCAGCGUCGUUUUCCAGCCUGUCAAAGCUGCAGCAUUGUGUUUUUGCUAAUGUGGGAUUUCCGUCUAUGCCGAAAGACAUCCACAGGCUAUCCUCUCUCCAGACCUUGGUGCUUUUGGGGCUGUUUAACCUUUCCAAGCUGCCCGGAACUUUUCUGCAGCUGCCCCAGCUGAAGAAGUUGGAUGUGAGCUACUGUGAGAAGCUGGUUUGGAAGCCGGGAUCUUCCCGGGAAAUGCCGAGGCUGCGCAAGUGUUCGAUUCGCGCAAGCCCUCUGAUUUCGAGGAAAAUUGCCAAAAGAAUCUGCAUAGGGGGGGCUGUCAAUAAGAGGGAGGAGGGGGAUGAGUUUUCGAUAAUGGACGUUGACGGUGACGGAGAGCAGCGGAUGCGGUUCAGUCUGGACGGAGAUUUCGACGACGGCCAGUUCAUUAACGGAGAGUUUUUCUCCUCGGCGCGGCGUCAGGGCCGUCAGCAGACCCGCGAUGACGUCCUUUACGGUGUCUUUAACGAAGCAUCUGAUGACGAGGAUGACGACGACGACGAGGGAUUCGGCGGUGGGGGGAAGAGACGGAGGAAGAAGCGUCGCGGAAAAGACGAUCUGAUAGGAAAAGGCGAUUUCACGAAACCCGUUAAUUUCGUAUCGAAAGGUACAGUGAAUCCGAACCUGGAUCGGGAUGCUGUAGAGGAAAGGCCCGGAUUGGGAGCCAAGCCGCAGGAGCCGGCGGAGGAUGAGGAUCGGAGCGGAUUGGGUCGGACGGGCCUCGGGUUCGGUGGAGCAGGCUUGGGAUUCACGUCCGGGGGUUCCGAACCUGAAAGGCCAGGUUUGGGAGCCAGGGGGGAGGCGCAAGGGGAGGAGGAGGAGGAGGAAGAGGAUCACUUAGCGAAGACUGCUUUUGGUCAGCGGCUGAGGGAGCGAGCGGAACAGAGGAGGGAGAUGGAGAGGGAGCGAGCGAAGCAGGAGAAGCAGGAGGCGUCGUUUUUCGCGCAGCAGAAGGCGAAUAAAGGGGUUGCAGGCGGUCUGUUUGGCUCUGGCGGUGGAGGAGGGGGAGGGAAGGGUGCUGCUCACGGUGUGGGAGCGUUUGAGAAGCACACUAAAGGAAUAGGGAUGAAGCUUUUAGAGAAGAUGGGGUACAAGGGAGGCGGGCUGGGUAAAAACCAGCAGGGUAUAGCGAAACCGAUAGAAGCGAAGCUCCGGCCGAAGAACAUGGGCAUGGGCUUUAACGACUUCAAGGAGAAAGAAACCGGGUUACCACCCCCGCCAUCCGGGAAAGACGGGGAGGUGGUGGGAGGGGAAGGAGAAGGGGGAGUGGCGUUGGAGGUAGUGGAAAAGAGGGGGAGGGAGAAGCUAUGGAAGAAGAAAUUCGCUGGGAGAAGGAAGGAGUAUAAGACUGCUGCGGAGCUGCUGGAAGAGAAGCAGGCGGAGGGGAAGGAGGUGACCCAGACGAUCCUGGACAUGCGCGGAGCGCAGGUCCGUGUGUUGACCAAUCUAGACCGUCUAAACGAGGAGCAGAAGCUACAAGAGGACGACACGCCCAUGCCCGAGCUGCAGCACAACCUGCGACUCGUCGUAGACCUGGCAGAAGCAGACAUUCAAACCAUCGACAAGCGCCUCCGCUUCCAACGAGACUCGCUCACUGCUCUCAAGCAGGAGCGCGACCGCACGCAGCAGCGCAAGCAGCAGCAGGCGCAGCAGCUAACAGACCUCCAGAGAAUCGUCGGCGUGUUGGAGAAUGUUUUGUCGUCUGCCCCUCCGCCGCUGCCGCCGCCGUCGACGGCGUCGGCGGAAGCCCUCGCGCAGGACUCGCACGCGAUUGCGACAUCUGUCGCGACGCCAUUGGUUGCGCUGCGAAGGCUGAGGGAGCAGCACCCCGAGGAGUUCAAGAUGUAUAAUGUCUCGGCGGUGGCGUUAGGGUUUGUGCUUCCCCGUCUUGCUCCGCUUUUCCGCACCUGGAACCCUCUAGCCCAUCCCUCCCACGGCCAUGCUGUGCUGUCCUCCUGGCAUUCGGUGCUUGCUCGAGACAUAGGAGGAAGAGGAGGAGCAAAGGGAGGAGGAGGUGAGAAUGAGGAGGACAAUGGGGCGAUUUUUGCUGACGUGGCACUGGCAGAUGCAGUGGCUGAACCAGGAGCAGCCGCAGGAGGGGUGGGAGGGGCGCCUGCUGAGAUGGACCCAUACGCUCGCCUCGUCGCGGAUCUCGUGCUGCCAGCUGUCAGAUCCGCAGUGGUCAAUCUCUGGGAGCCUCGGGAGCCCGAGCCUCUCCUGAACUUCCUUGACACGUGGCGUGCUCCCGUGCUGCCAUCUGUCCUCCUGAGAACGAUCCUCGCGCACCUGGUGUUCCCGAAGCUGGCAGCCACGGUGGAGGCUUGGGACCCGAGGCUGGAAACCGUACCUGUCCACCAGUGGCUGCACCCAUGGCUGCCGUACCUAGGCUCCCAGCUCGAGACCCUCUACCCACUCAUACGCUUCAGGCUCGGGUCUGCCCUGACCGCAUGGCACCCAUCGGACUCGUCCGCUCUUGCAAUGCUUGCGCCGUGGAAAUCAGUGUUCGACGCAGCUAGCUGGGAUACUCUAGUGAGUCGAUCUAUUGUCCCGAAGCUUAUUCACUUACUGCAGACUGAGUUCUUAGUGAAUCCGCAGCAGCAGCAGCUGGAGCCGUUUCAUUGGGCCAUGUCAUGGGCGGGGGUGGUCCCCACGCGCCACCUCAUUGCCUUGCUGGACACCGCCUUCUUCCCGCAGUGGCACCAGGUGCUCUACCAUUGGCUGUGCGCAAACCCUAAUUUUGAUGAAGUCACCCGGUGGUAUCUCGGAUGGAAGGCGCUUUUUCCCGCCGAGCUUUUAAGCUCGGAAAGGGUGCGGCAGCAGUUGAACGUCGCUUUGGAUAUGAUGAAUCAGGCUGUAGAGGGGAUGCCGGUUCUGCAACCUGGCGUGAAGGAGAACGUCUCUUACUUGAGAGUUUCGGAGCAGCAGGCGUUUGCCGAUGGGGCAGGGGCAGGGGGAGGUGUAUCGGGUGCAGGCAGUGCUGCUGCUGGGGGAGGUGGUAUUUCAGCAGGUGGGGCUGGUGGUGGGAUGGAUGGUGCUGGUGCAACCGGUGGUAGCACGGUCACAGGAGGGAGAGGGGCAGGAGGAGGGAGGGCAGGGAUGUUGCAUCAGAAGGAAGAGAAGGAGCUGUCUCUACGUGAGGUUGUGGAGCGAUUUGCGCUGCAGAACGACGUGAAAUUCCUGCCGAAACCCGGCCGCACGCACGAGGGCAUGCCAGUGUUUUCGUUUGGCACGAUCAGCCUGGUGAUAGAUCCUCUGAAGCAGCUGCUGAUGGCGCAAUAUGAUAAGCAUGCGUGGGUGCCUGUGUCAUUGGAGCAGGUGUUGGAUAUGCAUAGGAAGAGAGGGGGGAGCUAUCCUUGGAAGCGGAGAAAACAUCCGUUUCAUCCCGACGUAUUUAAGGCUUUGGUUCUCGCGCUUAUCUUCCUCGUGGUGUUCUCGCCUCCCGUCAAAGCACAGGCAGUCGCAGACUCCCAGAAACCUGCUCUUCAAGCUAUCUUGAACGCAUGGGGUCCGGCCCUGCAGCUAAGCCAAACGUGGUUCGUCGCAUCAGACUGUUCGCAAUGGCUCGGGCUCACUUGUAACGCGCUUGGCGAGGUCAUUUCUCUAGAGUUUCCGGGACGAACUGAGCUCCGCGGAGCUUCGAUUCCAGCCGCGGUUACUCAGCUUUCCGCUCUUCAGAAAUUGUCCCUGGAUCACGCCCUGAUUGUUGGCAACAUUCCUGCUGACAUCGGAUUCUUGACCGCGCUGACGAAUCUGUCGCUUAGCGGAAACGCCUUGACUGGUGAACUCCCAAGCAGCAUAGCCACUCUGGUCAACCUGCGGAUAUUGGAUGUAAGUUCAAACAGCCUGACCGGAGCGAUACCCAACGUCUUCAGUGGGCUCACUGCUCUCACCACUCUAGCCCUCGGAUCUAAUGGCUUCACUGGAGUCUUGCCACCGUCUCUCCUCGGCCUUUCCCAACUCCAGUCACUGCUUCUGGGAGGCAAUAAGUUUUCCGGAUUUUUCCCUGAGAGUAUCGUCGGCCUGCAGUCUCUCGUCGCACUGGACAUUAGCCGAAAUCAGUUUUAUGGGAGCCUCCCCGCCGCUUUCGGAACCUUUUCCGGCCUCGUCUUCCUUGACGUUAGCAACAACCAGUUCAGUGGAACUCCACUUUCAACCUUCACCUCUGCUUCGCUCGCAAACACCGCUCAGGCAACUUACGACCUGAGCGGAAACUAUUUCUACAACCUGCCAGUUAGCUACACCGCGCAGUCUUCGGAUUUCUGCCCGUCGACUCUUGAGGGCGGUUUCGCUCAGGCAAAUCUCGCCCAGUUCGGCGCGUCGAAGACCAGCAGCAUGAGGGAAAAUUGCUUUCUGGGCGGAAAUUGGAACGUUUCGGAACAUUUCGGAAAUGGGAAGGGCAAGAGCAACAAGAAGGAUCCGAAGAAGUUUGCAGGGAGCAGUGGGGGAAGCGCUAGCGCUGGGACUGGUUGCAGCGUUGGCGCGCAGCGCAGAGCGAUUGAAUGCGUGGCGUUUUGCGGAGCCGCUCUUCCCGCUGGUGCUUGCGGUGGUCUUGGUUAUUGCACACUCACCACGCCGUCCCGCACCCCCGCUUGCAUCUGUUACGACGGGAUGUACAAUGUUACCCUGUCAGUUCGCGUGGGUGGUGUUACUGUUACAUACCCUUCGUGUUCGCCGUUCCAGAGCUCCGUCACCCCUCCCCCGUCGCCACCGGACGAUGACACCAUGCAGAAGCGGGACUCCCGCGGUGCGAAAUUGGACGGCGCAGCGGAUAUCAGCGGGUCGUAUUACAACCAGUAUUUCCGCCACAUGACUGUUGGAUUCUCGGGAACUGUGGCGAGCCCUCAGUGGACCAUUCCGCCAUCCGUUGACUGGACGUCCCGCAUUCCAUCUGCCCUUCUUGCUGCCAAGAACCAAGGCGCUUGCUCCGCGUGUUGGAUCUUCGCCCCAGUAGCUGCGGUGGAAGCAGCCUACGCCAUUGCCUACAACCUCGCCCCGCCCAACAUAUCCGAGCAGAAGGCGAUUGACUGCCAGGGCACGUGGUCGUGUGAUGGAGGCAAGCCGGACGACGCCUUCAACUACAUUGCUGCCAGCGGUGGACUGCCUUCCUCUGAUAGCUAUCCUUACACGGGCAUUCUCAACUCCGCCACGUGCAAGAUCUCUGCUCGCUUCCGCGUUCGUCGCCUCCUUUCCACCGAAGAUGACACCAUCACCACCAUCGCCAAUACUGUCCCCGCACACCACUCCCGCAUGCUCGCUAUCUACAAACCUGCUGGAGCGUCCCCUGUUCCUGUCUCGAUGCCAUCUGCCCCCUACUCCAUCUCCAUGUUUGAAAGUAUCGGCGUGUCUGGGUGGCUUGGAAUCGCCCUCGCCGUUCAAAGGCAACCCGUUGUGGUUUACAUCGAUGCGCGCUCGGACUCUUUUAAGGGGUACACCGGCGGGUUUGUGUACAAUGACCCCAACUGUUUCAGUGUGGGGAUCGUGGACCACCUGGUGGUGAUCGUGGGGUUCAACAUGAUGGAUGCGGUGCCCUACUGGAUCAUUCGCAACUCAUGGGGCCCCUCGUGGGGCGAGAAUGGCUACAUGAGGAUUGCGAUUGCAGGUGGCAAGGGAGUGUGCGGGAUGAACACGAUGCCCGGCCUCUACCCCGUUAUUACAACCCCUGACCCAUGCAAGCCCAUCAACCCAUGCGGCGGGGGAACCUGCACCUCCACUCCGACCAACAAGGGCCAGCGCAACAAGUGCACGUGCCCUGCUGGAUUCAUUGCCGUUACCAACCUCGACAAGACGCAGACCUGCGCCCUUGCCAAGGUGUGCACGUUCUUUGCGGUCAACCCAUGCGGCUUCGGCACAUGUGUCGAUGAUGGCAAGGGCGGAUACUCCUGCCUCUGCUCCUUGGGUUACACCCUCGGCUCUCUCACCGACGGCACCCCCACCUGUGUGCCGGGCUCCCUUGUGACCAGAGUCGUGCUGCCUGUUCCCAUGUCCUGUGGCUUAGUGCGCACUACCUACCAGCUUUCCAAGAAGGAGUUUGUGGCCCUCAACCCGAAGAUCAAAUGCAGUGGUACGUUCCCUGCUGGCACGUCCAUUGUCAUACGCAAUGCUGGCACUGCUUCUUCUACACUGGGCUGCGUGGUCCCCUACACGAUCGCUCAGGGUGACACGUGCGCAUCUAUUGCCACGCUCUUCAACGUCACUCAGGCCUACCUUAAUGUUGCCAACCCUGACUUGGAGUGCAACGCUCUCACACCGGGUCAGCAGAUCUGUGUGCAGACAGGCACACCGCAGGCUCAGAGCUGCACCAACUACUACACAGUCAGCCCAGGGGAGACCUGCAGUGACGUCCUGAUUAAUACCUAUCCUCCAAUCAGCGCUACACAACUGUACCAGUACAAUCCGGGGCUUAUCUGCACUUCUGACACGUCACAGCGGCUCGUGGGCCAAGAUGUCUGUGUGGAUUCUGUUUUGGUGGGAGCAACAACCUGUUACUACGGCACAUACACUGUCGUAAAAGGGGAUACCUGUUCAGGUGUGGUGUACAAAGUCUUCCGGGGCUCCUACUACCUUAUGUACCUCUACAAUCCCGGCUGGACAUGCACCUCCUCUUCACUCUAUGUCGGGAAGGUGCUCUGCAAGCCGAAGCCGUUGUAG